AUGUUUGAUCAUGAUAGAAGUCAAUCCACCAGCUUCGACUUCUUCAAAAAGCGGAAGCGGAUCCCCAAGAAGCCUAACGGAUAUUCCAAUGGCGACGCAGACAAUACGUCAGGAUCGCAGUCCGCUCCGGCACACGAAUCGCAAAAUCACGCGAGGAGGGGGACAUUCCGUGGCAUUCUGACUGAUGACGUGCGUAGGCAAUCACAAUCGCAGACACAGACCGACGACAAUUCCCAAGUCGACGAUUACUACGUUCCCAUUAUGCCACCGGUUGAUUACGAAUUGUGCAAGGCCUUCAACUACGUGAUCUGGGCACGCGACCAGAUGGUUUUCGGAAAUGACGAGAUCCUUGUGCAACCUGACUUGGAGCACGAGUUCCUAUCCCAGCUAGAGGUAUUUAAUCACCGUACAACCGAUAAAUGCCUACAGAAGCUUCGUAAAAGGAUGGAAACGCAAUUUAUGGAAGUGUCGUCCUCUGUGAAAAUACUGGAGGCAAUUUUAGAAUUUAUGGCCGACGUCGAGGCUUCUUAUAGAUUUCUAGGUUCUAAUGCGAACCCCUUUUGCCGUCUAUCGCAGAUAUAUAUCAACGGGUUUGUUUUCUUGCGUCCAGUGAAUCUGGUUACAUUCGAUUUCGUCGUACCCAGGGAUGAUGCUGCCGUAACAAUACAACGCAACAGGAUUACAGGCAAUGCAUUCACCCACCAGCAGCUGCUACCGCACUUUUCAAGGCAGUGUGAGUAUCUUCCGUCGAAAUACUCAAGUGGUUACAUCCCGAAGUAUGUACCCAUUAACAACGACUAUGUGCCGAACCUUGUAACAAAAGUGAUAUUGGAGCGUGCAAAACGCCAACUGGUGGUGGUAAAGGCCAUUGUGGACGUGCCCGGGAUUGAUCUGUCUUCAUACGAGGGCUAUGUCUUCGAAGGCCUUAAAACAGGAGAGAAAGCUUGGUUACCGAUAUAUGUGGUGGAACGUCUAUCGCACUUCGGUUUUGUGUCAGUAGACCUACCUGUCUACCUUACACGCAGCGCGCUGCGUGAGCUAAGAGACCGAGAGGAACAGAACCAGACACUGGAAAAGCUUCCUAAUGACUAUUACUUCGAGAUUGCACACCUUUUCACCCGGUGCCACUUAUUUGAGAGGGUAAACGUCCCUAACCUGUCGAACCGAAACCACGUUUACAGCUACGCUUCUAAAGUUGCUGGGCUAAUAGAAGACAUAAAGUACCAGAGGGUAAAAAAGAUUAGACAGGCCCUCGGAAGGCUCCCGCUGCAUGAGUCUCUCAUAACUAUUGACAAUCUACAGUACUCGGAAACGUACCACGUCAAUCAGUUUCUUUCCGCUUACUGCGAAAUGCGAGAUAACGUUGCAAGAGCGGAUCUACAACCAAAUAUACAAAUAGGUAACUUUGUCGGGGACCUCGAAAACAACCUAAUCGACUCGUUGAAGGUUCCGCUGCUGUAG